AACGAGCACGUUGUUGUUGGCUGUGGGGAUAAGAGCAGUUACUGGCGUGCAGAGUGUUGAGCACUGACCUCAAGUAGAAAUCGGGGUGCAGAAGUCAACGCAGACUUUGCACUUGGGGUGCAAUGCCAACCCCCUGUGUAGGCCAGGUUCUAGGAUAAACCUAGCUUGGGGUAGGGGUUCAGUAAACGGAAGACAGAUGUGGACUUCCUGGGCUGUGCUUCCUGUGGCACUGGACAGUGGACUCUGACCUGGGACAGUGCCUCCCCGUCCUGUCGCCUUCUGUCCCUGACUGGGCUGCCAUGCUGUCCCCUAGGGCUGUGUUGUUCUUCACCCUGCUCUUGACAGCCAUUUCGCUGGGCCAAAGGGCUCGGAAGCCCUCUAGGGCUCCAUCCCCUAUCAGCACCAUCCAGGCCCAGGCGAAUUUCAAUGUUGAGCAGUUUGCAGGGACAUGGCUCCUUGUGGCUGUGGGCUCUGCAUGCCGCUUUCUUCAGGAGCAGGGCCACCGGGCUGAGGCCACCACAUUGCACACAACUCCCCAGGGUGCAGCUAUGGCUGUCAGCACCUUCCGAAAGCUAGAUGGAAUCUGUUGGCAGAUACGCCAACGCUUUGGAGACACCGGGGUCCCUGGCCGCUUCUUGCUCCAAGGGACCCGUGGGCCAGUGCCUGUGGUUGUUGCUGAGACCGACUACCAGAACUUUGCCGUCCUGUAUCUGGAGCAGGCAAGGAGGCUGUCUGUGAAGCUGUAUGUCCGCUCACUCCCGGUGAGUGAUUCUGCCCUGAAUGUGUUUGAGCAGCGAGUCAGAGGAGCCAACUUGACAGAACACCAGGUCUUUUACUUCCCCAAGUACGGUUUCUGCGAAACUGCGGACCAGUUCCACACCCUGAAUGAGAUGCGGAGAUGAGGCCAUGUGGUGGAGAAGCUGUGGACAUUGGACUGCUCUCCGAGAGUUCUGAGCACCCUGAACGUGCUCCUGGAGUCUCCUGUCUGUCCUGCAUACCUUCACACAGCUCUGUUGUCCUGGGGGCUUUUCAGUAAACAUCAGCUGUGGCUCUGGG